AUGAGUUGGUUUUUAGUAUUGACUCUAGUGAGUAUUUUAUCUUUGGGCAGCUGCAUCAACAGACCUGUUUACAAAAUUGUUCUAACACAGAAAGGUUUCUCACAGUUCAUUCAAUAUGACAUCGACACUCCGCCGAUAAGAGAGUUCACGUUUUGUACCUGGGUUCGAUUAUACGAUUUAAACAAUGAACAAGGCUUGUUCUCGUAUGUUGUUAACAGCAAUCGUGUAGUAAGGCUAUGGUUGGAAAAUGGUGGGCACUUCAUGAAAGUUUCAAUAAAUGAGAGGACACCAUCUAUGAUUUCCGUUAGCAUUGUGCGAGAUUCAUGGAAACAUAUUUGUCUAUCGUAUCAGGCUGAUUAUGGAGCCUGGGCUCUUUAUAUGGAUGGUAGACUUAUCAGUUGUGAAGCGUUACAGAGUCUCCGCGGUUUCGUUUUACCCGGUGGUGGAAGUGUAAUAAUAGGAUAUGGCACUAGCAAUGCAAUACCAAGCGGAAUAGAAGGCGAAGUAUUUGGUGUUAAUAUGAUUCUUAGUUCAACGAUAGAGAGAAAUCACACUAUAAAAAGGGACCCACUUUACGCACAAAAACGUUUCUUACAAAACAGAGUGUUUGGAAACAGAAAUUUAAAAUACAUUGUCCUCGGCAAACUUGAUUCUAAAGAAAUAAAAAAUAACUACGAAACCAGCAAAUCACCUCCGACACCGAAUAAAAAUCCAAUUAAUAUAAGAUAUGAAUUUCCCUAUAAUUUCAGUGAAAAUAAUCACUUGGAGGUCACAUCACUGCCUUCUACUUUUGUGGACAAUACUGUUAAAGAUAUUUUUGAUUUCUCUUUAGUAGAUACAACUGGAUCCACAGAUAAAAUAAAUUUUUGGAAUAUGGUCAAUGAACCCACCCAAGAAUCUAAAUAUAACCUAAACCCACCUCAAAGCGAUAUAGAAGUUACAGAUAACAAUGAAACAGAAAAUAAAACUGCUACAGUAUCAAUUUGGAAUACUUUGUCACCACCAAGAAAGAAAAACAUUUUCUCGAAGACAUUAAAAGCUACCAAACCAAUUCAUAAUAUUUUUUAUGAAUUAAAUGAUGAUGGCAAUAAUAUUAAUGUUACCAAUGUUCAUAAUGAAAGCAAGGAAACAUCUACAGCACAAACAUCUUUUCCCUCGGAAAAUUCUUUUAACCAAAAAAUUGGCUCAAAGAUUUCAGGUAAUGUAUUAAACUAUUUAAAAAGAAUUAAUUACUACAUGAAAGAAACUAUCAAAGUGCCAGUGAAUGUACCACUCGUUAAAAUAUCUGAUGACUUUGAAAAACCUAAAGAGUUAAAUGGAGUGAAAGUUCACCAACCUCUGAAAUUCCAAAGACGAAAUUUUGUUAGCAAACAAUUCGAUAAACGAGAAAUAAAAAUAAACGGUAGUAUUGUUAAUGCAAAUGCAAAUUUAGAAGAUCGCAAUUCAAACAUUACGUUUCUUAAUCCAACGCUAAAAGAAGGUGAAAACCUUACAUCAAAAUCUAAUCAAAGGAUUUAUCGAAAUAUUGAUGGAAAACAAUCUAGUAAACAUUAUGACAAAGAUGAAAUAUACAGAUUUAAUCCGUACGUAACAAAAGAGAACAUAAACAACAAAAAUGUAUUUAAUUCUGACAUAAGUAAAAAAAAUAAUCAACACACUAUAUUACCUUUUAUAAAAUCAAUUGAAUAUUUCAUCAAUGACCGUGAUAAUAGCUCAAAUGAGUUAUAUAAUGACGAUAUCAAUUCUAGUGACUUAUUUACCAGAAGUGUAAUGCACGGCAAUAAAUGGCGUAAUGUCCACACUUACAGUAACGAUUAUACACCGCGGCGUGUUAACCUGGAGUCUGGAUUGAUACAGAGAAAUGACAUAUCAGAAGCAAACAGAAAGCUACCAUCAUUGCGACUGAAAUAUAAGCCUGAAAUCCAGAAAUUCUUAACAGACAAUAAGGAUCCAUCCAUAAUUGAAGGUCGCGCCCUCGCUAAGGCUGUUUCAAAUGAAUCGAAUCAUGGUUCUUUUUCAAUACUUAAAUACAAUCGUGGCUUUUUGCCAAAACGUAGGAGGGAUCAGAAACCUUUAGGUAGAGUAAAUCGAGUCUCAAAAACUAAUAAUAAAGAAAAGUUUGCAUUUAUAAAUAAUAAUAGCAACGACAUUAAAUCUGAUACUUAUCUAGAACCUCUUACCCUGAGUGAAGAAUUAAACAUAAAUAAACGUCGGCCUGAAUUGAAUAGAAUAGGUGAAACAAGUUCGCCAUAUUACGGCUUGAAAAUUUGUAUGUCCCUACAAGCACAUAAUCACAAUCUGUAUGUACAACCAGAUGGAAGUAUUGACCUUACACGUAUUGUUUCACCUGUAAAAGAUAAAAAUACAGGAGUAGAAUUUAUGAUGCAGAAUUAUAAACGAUGUUCUUUAAAAGAUUCAAUCUUAGAAGGACAUCCAUUACUUUUUAUUGAUUGGGAUAAGACGCCAGUGAGGCUAUUUGGAGGGGCAUAUCCAAAGAAAACUACAGACCUUUGUGGAUUUUUCUAAUACAAAAACAUACAAUAUUUUUGUUGUUUGCUUAGGCUAUGUUGAUACAAAA